AUGCUAGGAGCAGAAUCGACAGUGGAGACGGGCUGGAUGUCGAGGCCAGGCACAGCGAAAACGAUGGAGGGGGCGGACGGGUUAGACCUCUACGUCCAUGCCUGCCAUAGAGACAAACAUUGUCACCCCCUGUCUGUUGAUUCCAGGUGCAACAACAACAACAAUGGGUACGGGCCUGGUGUCUACGCCAUGCGCAGCAACAACAAUUCAGAUGCCCUGCACAUAGUGACAAGGUGCAGCAACAAAGAUUGA